AGCGCGCACAUUGGACUGGCUGUGGAGACCCGAGACACUAUACAGACUGGAGAGCGCAGCUGGGUGAGCGGGGAAAAGUGACUAACUAGUGAGGUGACAGGCGUCUCACACGUGGAAGCAGACGUGUAGCGUGUGUCUGCGUGUCCCGGAGAGGUACAGAGUCGUCUGGUUAAGCGCGCUGGCACCAAGUUUUGACAUUUCUCCAGCGGGAUACGCACGGUGCAGCCGCGGUCAUGGAGCUUCGAAAGUCGUCUGGAUUUGUGGUUGUAGUUUACCUGUUGGCGACGUUCUGCUGUAGAGGAUGCCUCUGUGGAGUGUACCAGAGAAAACUGUACCGGGACCUGUUGGUGAACUACAACCGCUUGGAACGACCGGUGCAGAAUGACUCCGCCCCCAUCGUCGUGGAGCUGGGCCUCACCCUGCUGCAGAUCAUAGAUGUGGAUGAGAAGAACCAAGUGCUGAUCACAAAUGCCUGGCUCCAGCUGCACUGGACAGAUAUUUACUUGACGUGGAACCCAGAGUCCUACCCAGGCGUCCAAAACCUGCGCUUCCCAUCCAACCUGGUCUGGGUCCCGGACAUCCUCCUUUACAACAGUGCUGAUGAGAGGUUCGAUGCUACUUUCCAUACAAAUGUACUGGUCAAUGCAUCAGGAGCGUGUCAGUACAUCCCUCCAGGCAUUCUGAAAAGCACCUGUUACAUUGACGUGCGGUGGUUCCCGUUCGACAUCCAAAAAUGUGACUUAAAAUUUGGAUCGUGGACUUACAAUGGCUGGCUCCUGGACCUGCAAAUGAUGGACGUGGACAUCUCAACGUACAUCCCAAAUGGAGAGUGGGAUCUAGUCGGUGUCCCGUCGAAGCGUAAUGAGCUGUAUUACGAGUGCUGUAAAGAGCCAUACCCAGAUGUGACAUUCACGGUCACCAUGCGGCGCAGGACACUUUAUUACGGCCUGAACCUGCUCAUCCCCUGUGUGCUUAUCUCGGGCCUGGCUCUGCUGGUGUUCCUGCUGCCGGCCGACUCUGGAGAGAAGAUAUCGCUGGGCAUCACUGUCCUGCUGUCACUGACGGUCUUCAUGUUGCUGGUGGCAGAGAUCAUGCCAGCCACUUCAGACUCUGUUCCUCUCAUCGCUCAGUACUUUGCCAGUACCAUGAUGAUCGUGGGUCUGUCUGUGGUAGUGACUGUUCUGGUGCUGCAGUUUCACCAUCAUGACCCACACGGGGGGAAGAUGCCCAAAUGGAUCCGUGUCAUCCUUCUGAACUGGUGUGCCUGGUUCCUGCGUAUGAAGAAACCUGGAGAGGACACCAAAACCUCCACAACCCCCACCAGCACCCCUGCCUACAAGUACACCCACCCCCCAGCUCACCACACCAGCACCAACAGCAUCCAAAUGAACACCAUCCCGGGACAGGCCACGUCUGGGGCUCUGGCCACUACCAACGGGAACAUGAACCUGUAUUUUGGAUACCACUCCAUGGGCACGGAUAACCCAGCGUUCCCAGCCAGCACAGAUUCCAGCGUGUGCGGCAGUACCCAUCCAAACGCCCCUUCUCCGCACGAAAUCCACAUCGAGCAAACCAGGACCGUCCUUUUGGAGCAGAUCCCGGAAAUUUCUAGAAUCUUGGAAGAGGUGCAGUACAUAGCCAGGCGUUUUCGAGAGCAGGAUGAGGGAGAGGCUAUUUGCAGUGAGUGGAAGUUCGCAGCAGCUGUUGUGGAUAGAUUGUGCCUGGUGGCGUUCUCCCUAUUCUCCAUUAUCUGCACCUUCACGAUCCUCAUGUCUGCGCCUAACUUUAUCGAGGCAGUUUCAAAAGAUUUCACAUAAAACGGACUACCAUCAGCGACCGGUAAACUGUGCCACACUAGACUCAGUAUGUUCAAUGAGCCGAGAUCGUUGAAAAACACAAGACCUUUCCAUAUAUUUUCAUGUUUUUGUCAGUGAUAUGUGGUGUUUUUCCUCUCAAAGAAGCUCCACGUGAAUAUAUCGCUCUGUACAGUUUUACAUGUUGGAGGCUGAGUCUACAUCAGCUGUGUAAUGAUGUAGAACACACACAUAGGCUAUGCACUUUCUAUCUGUACCCUGCUGCACUAUGUCAUACCACUACAUGUCGAUUUUGUUUUUAAGUUUACAACGUUUUUUGGAAUAUACAAAAAUGUAUGAGGCUUUUCCGAUAUUUGAUAACGAUUGGGAUGAAUAUAAAUAUUUCUGAACUGCACAGGUGAUGCAAAAACCUAAAGUCAUUGCAAGCUAGGAGUUGGACAAGACACGAGACUGGGUCUACAAGAAUCAGACAAAAUGAGAUUUAUACAUAUUUCGAACUGUGACGCACCAGCACUUAACUAUUUUUGUUGAAGCCAAAUGGAAACAAAAUCUUGCAAGGUCAUUUUCCCCAUGUGUACACAAAAUCGUGGCAAUUUUAUUUUUCGAGAUGUUGUGAUCUUGUCUCAUCCCCACCAACAACAGCAGCCAGGUUCUCACAUACUGCGCGUGUAGGUGUAAAAUAUAAAUGUCUCUCCUUGCUCUCUGAAAUGUGAAAACAUACAGAAAUAUAUAUACAGGGUGGGGGUGAACUCUAACAUCCCAGUCCAGGUCAGGUCAGUUUUUUAUGUAUUCAUGCUGUCUCUCACUCUACACUCUAGGUAUUGUCAAAAAAAAAAAAUGCAUAACACACAUUUUAAACAUUAAUCAAAGGUGUAAUGUUAUAAUUAACUGUGCCAUCUUUGCCAUUUAAGAACUCUCUCUAUACUGUGAUUUUUUUUUUCUUGAAUACUCUGUGAACUUGGCCCACGAUCCACUGUGCUAAAUGUCCUACUCACUCCUCUAUUUCAGGAACUAUUUUUGUCUAACUUGUGCAUCACGUACAAGAUUUAAAAAUACAUAAUAGAAGAUGAUGGAAAGACAAUAUUUGUCAAGUGGGAUUUGUGAAUCAACUGUGAUGGAACACUUGGCUCUUAUCUUUUGGAGAGCUUUAUGUUUUUUGCUCUCUAAUACUGAGUGAAAGGCAAACACAGUUCCCCUAAUCUCUUGCAAACAACAUGCAAGCAGGAUUACUGGAUGACCUUGUGUAACACAUUUGACUAAAACCUCAUCUCUCAUCGUCACCCAAAGCAUCCAUUUUAACCCGAGAUGGUGGCGAGUUCAUGUCACUACAAGCAAAGCGAACUCUCAGAACUCUACGGCAUCUGCUUAGCAACAAGCUCCGCCAACUGACACUGAAGUGCAUUGUGGGAGGGAGUAGCUUGUGAAAAAUGCCGGUGGAGAUAAUCAAUAAGACAAGAGCAAACAAAGAGUUGCCACCUGCUGUGAACUUUUCAGGUAAACCAUUGAAAUAUCAUGAGCCCCAUGCUUUCAGUUUACCUAAUGUGAAACCAGCAAUGCACCGCUGGUAUAUGUUUAUGUUUUUACAGCCAUCAUAAUGUGAAUAUAAAUUGUGCAGUUGAGGAGUGUUUCUCACAAACUGGGAAGAAGGGGUUGAUGGUUGGAUUCCAGGAGUGCAUCUGACUACAUCCUUGGGUAAGACUCUUCCUCCACAUUGCUUAUCAUAGUUACGGUAUUGUCUAGAUGUGACAGUAAGGGCAUUGAGUGAUCACAGUUUUUAGCCCCAUUUUAUUUUGUAUUGUUAAAAUUAAUUCAUAUGUCUUUCAACAUAUAACUUUCCUGAACAUUAACAACACAGAUUUAAUUUUCUCACUAUUAAUGGGCAUAUUUCAAAUACAAAUUGAGAGUCUCUUGCUGCCGAAUGAAUGAAAAACAGUCUAUGUUUUACCACUAAGAGCAUACCACUGACAGCAAUUGGGGGAGGGGUCUUGCUUACAGACAAUAAGUUGCUUUAGGCUAUAUAUUGUGAAUACAUUCUCUCAUUACUGUGAUACAGGUCUGGGAUUGACAUUGCACACUAUGUCUCGUGUAGCACUCAACUGAGCACUAUUCUUUUGGUGGGGUUUGUGUUUUGCGAACUGCUCUCCAAUCACUUUUUCAAAUCACAGUUGUUAUUGUAUUUUAUCAUAUUUUUGUGGUAUUUUUGUGCCUCAUAUUUUCUCGUGUGAUGGGUGAACAUUUAAAGGCGCACUGUACAUUAUGGUUUUGAAAGAAAAUAAAGAAGAAAUGUGUUA